CUGGUCUCUGCCCAGUGAAGCUCUGCAGCUGAUGGAUGUUUCCUCCACAUGACGUCUCUGCUCUGACGAUGACUCCGGCUUUCAAGUGAAGACAAGAAGAUAAAAACCUCCCCCGCUCGCUCUCGCUCUUUUUUCAGUUUUGUGCUGACUUGUCACAGAACGGUUUGAUCGACCAGAAGAGGAACCAGACGUCGUUCCUCUCGCCACAGAGAUGGUUGGUGGUCGCCUGCGUUGCCUGAGCUGCUUCUUCACACACAGCGAGCUGCUUCUUCACCUGCUGCUUCUCGGGGUCUGCUUUCACGAUGUGGAGGCUUCAGGCUGUGAUCGCACCGUCCAUAAACAAGUUGGAGACACUGUGGAGUUUCCUUCAUGCUCGUCACCUGGUAGUCUCACCUACGCACAAUGGGACUUUAAUAAUUCGUUGAAAAACGUAAUGGAAGAGCUCAGGUUUGAAGGCAGAGUCCAGGUGAACCCCACCAACUUCAGUUUAACAGUGAAGCAACUGACAUUUCAAGAUUCUGGUACUUUCCGUUUCCUCUCAGAGGUGAAUGAUAAACAAAUGACCACAGUCUUCAUCCGUCUACAUGUUCAAGAGCCCUCACCUCCGCCCGUCCUCAGCUUCAACUCCACCUUUCAUCCUUCAAACGGAUCCUGCACAGUUUGGCUGGAGUGCGUUUCGACCUCCGACAGCAACGUCAGCUACAGCUGGAGCGUGAGGAACCAGACCCUGGUCGGCCCCAGGCUGAGGUACACCAUCAGGCCACAGGACGGAGGAACCAACUUCACCUGCACCAUCUCCAGCAGUGAGGGCUCCACAUCUGAAACAGUGACGUGUGUCAACAGCAGCUCGGACUCAGUCGAGGAGAAACAUAAGCUCCUCCUCUUCGUGGGGUUGGCGGCAGGAGGAGUUUUGAUUGUCGGCCUCGUGGCAGUUAUCGUUGUGUGUCACUGCAAACAGAGACCAGCUGACCCUGACUCCAGCGACCUGACGGUGUACGCUGACAUCACUGAAGCUGCUGAGGAGGCGAGUGAUGAGAAUGUUGCUUUGGGUAAAUUGUCUGCUUCCCUCUGUGUCCCAAUGAUUUUGUCUCUAUUCCACUUGGUCACGUGUCCACAGUCAAACGGCCCGAGGACAUCGAUGAAGUGCUCGGUGUAUGAAACCGUUGGGGACCCUGUCAACGCAGUGAAGCCUGGGCCUCACACUGUGUACGACAAGAUUCAGCUUGGUCGUAUGAAGGCGGCGCCGGUGUCCUUGUACCAGGACGUUCAGGGGAUCAGGCAGUAAACUGGGAAGCUGACACUUCCCAGUUGAGCUCCGCUUCCUCGGCUGCAGCUUCUGUAGAAACUUUGAUUUGGGUCCUGAGAGAUUUUUGCACCUCGUGUUUAUACGGAUUUUAUCAAAGUAUAUUAUUAGAACCAAUGAAAUGCAAUUUAACUUAAAAGCGAAAUAAAUGAAAUCCCAUAUCAUGUGAAAUCCAUAAUAAGUGAAAUGUGUAUUAUUGAAAUCCAAUCCCGUCGGCAGUGCUGUAAAUUCUGUAAAUACAGAGAAUAUAUAUUUGAAGAAUGUUUUGUGCUUAUUUGCAUUUCUAUGAAUAAAGUUGGCUAUAUUUGC